GGCUCUCAGUGUCGAGCUAAGAGGCGUGGGGGGUGUACGUGACCUCUUCCCUCCGGCAUUAGUGACCUUUUUUCCCUUGUGACCUGAAGGAGGAGGGACACGUGUGACCUCGACUUGACCAGGAGGAAGGUCACGAGGAGGGCAAAGGUUGUGGCGUGCUGGGAAAGUCCUAAAUCCUCGCCCAUCAACUUGACCAUGUUAUUUUAAGGUGUAGAAUCAUCAACCAAGUACAGGUGUGGAGGCAUGGUUCUGGAGGUGUGGUGGGGGUGGCGGGGGGCGGGGGUGCUAGUGAUGACGAUGAUAGCCCUCACCCCAUCCCCCAGCCUCACCCAGUACCAAAGAAACCACUGGGGGAACGCGCAGUCUGAUGUCUCAUACUCACGACAACUUCCCCCGCAGCCAGCCACCCCAGUUCCCCCUCGUAGACCCUGGUGGGAGGAGGCAGGUCACCCCAGACGCCAGACCCCAGUGAAUCAGCCCCCAGUCCCCCGUGAGCCCCCCCAGCAGCCCUCACAAGACCCCCAAGACCAGGGUACAAGAUUGGAGACUCACUCUCGACAACAUACUCGACUUACGACCACAAACUCACGUAUCCAUGAAUCAUACCCGACUCACGGCCGUCAGGGGAACACACGCCCGCACCACGCCCAGCCCACGCCUAGGAGAAGAGAUCACCACGCCCAGAACACGCACACACACGCAAACACACACGCACACACCCCAAGACGCUACAAUCACUCCUAUCAACGCCGCGCUAGACAACCUAACAGUGACCGACUUGAUAGACUUGACCGCACUUCCGUUCACCCGCCACGCCAGCCCGUUCGCCAUCCACCACGCCAGCUCCCACGCCAGCCCGCGCCACGCCAGCACCACAACGCCAUCCCAGAUCACUCCCAGCACCAGCAGCAGGGCAAGAGGUGGCAGAAGGCGCAGCAGAGAGGCGGAAGCAGUGGUAGUACAGCGUCCGCCACCAGCGCCCGAAGCAGUAGUGGCGAUAGACGUCCGAAUAUUGUACUGAUUAUGACGGACGACCAAGACGUGGAGUUAGGCUCCCUCAACUACAUGCCUUUCCUGAUGGAGCAGAUCCGUGGCAAGGGCGCCUACUUCCCGAACGCCUACUGCUCCACGCCCAUCUGCUGCCCCUCCCGCUCCUCCCUGCUGACCGGCCUGUACAUCCACAACCACGAGGUGUACACGAACAACCACAACUGUUCCUCGUACCGCUGGCGUCAAACUCACGAACGGCGAAGCUUUGCAACCUACCUGGCCGACGCGGGAUACAGGACAGGUUAUUUCGGGAAGUACCUCAACAAGUACAACGGUUCGCACAUCCCGGCCGGCUGGCAGGAGUGGGCGGGGCUCAUCAAGAACUCCCGCUACUACAACUACACAGUCAUGAGGAACGGAAACUUUGUCAAAUACGGCGACCAGUACCCCACGGACUACUACCCCCACGUGAUCACCAACGAGGGCGUGCAGUUCCUGAAGAAGAGUCGAGGCUCCGAGCAGCCCAUGAUGCUGGUUCUGAGCUACCCGGCGCCUCACGGGCCUGAAGACUCCGCCCCGGAACACGCCCACAGGUUCUUCAACGCCACGGACCACAACACCCUCUCCUACAACUAUGCGCCCAACCCCGACAAGCAGUGGCUCCUUCAGUUCACCGGCCGCAUGCACGACAUCGAGGUCAAGUUCACCGACGUGCUCAUGACCAAGCGACUCCAGACCCUGCAGACCGUGGACGAGUCGGUAGCCAAGGUUGUGAAGACCCUCCGUGACCUUGGUGAGCUGGACAACACCUUCAUAUUCUACACCAGCGACCACGGGUACCACCUGGGACAGUUCGGGCUCGUCAAGGGGAAGUCCAUGCCCUUCGAGUUCGACAUCAAAGUUCCCUUCCUGGUGAGGGGCCCCGGGGUCAAGCCAGGUGUCCAGGUCAACAACAUCGCCCUGAACAUUGACCUAGCCCCGACCUUCCUGGACAUUGCGGGGGUCAGGGUGCCGGAUCACAUGGAUGGCCGGUCGCUGCUUCCUGUCCUGGCCGGCACGUGGAACGACUCGGCGGACCAAGUGAUGUGGAGGGACAGCUUCUUGGUGGAGAGCUCUGGGCGCCACCGCGAGGAGGAUGCGCUGGAACUCCGAGAAGCACGUCGGCGAAAUCGUGCGCAGGGUCUGUCCGGGUCGGCCAUCAAGGGGGGGCUGUACACCUCCAAGCGUGAGAGACUUGAGAUCAUCUGCCAGAGCGAGGAGUACAAGGCACCAUGCUCACCAGGACAGAAGUGGGAGUGCGUGCAGGACCAUAGCAGGUGGCGUCUGCAUAAGUGUCGUCGCCGGCGCACCAACAAGGGGCCGAGGGUGAAGUGGAGGCGGCGGAACUGUGUGUGCGAACCGGAUCUUGGCAUGGGGUAUCUGGUGCGUUUGGACUCAGCGGAACGGCGGAAACAGCGGACCUUCCUGAAGAAACACUUGACCCAGGACCUGAGAACGUUCAACACCAAGUUCAUCAAGGUGUUCAGUGAUGUCAACAGCCAAGAGUUGCUGGAGGAGAGCAUGCUAGUGCCGGGCAGCGAGGACAUACUGCCACAGACACUCAUGGACGCUGCCAGGUACAGGAGGAGCACCGGGGAGGAGGAGGAGGAAGAGGAGGAGGAGGAGGAGGAGGAGGUGGAGGGGGUGGAGGAGGCAAGGACGGAGGGAGUGGAGGUGGAUGUGGUGGAUGCGUUUGUGAAGGAUGAGGAGAUACGAGAUUUGGAUGUGACCAUCGACACCUUAUCGGAUGAGCUGGAGAGCCUGGAGAGCAAUAUUGCCGCCACAGCCGUCUCCACCAGCAACACCUCCACCUCUCCGCCAGAGAGCCUUGACGGUCCAGGCCACGGGUGCCGGGUGACGGGCAGCACGGUGGGGUGUAUCGAUGACGUGUACCGCGACCCACAGGCCUGGCGCAUCAGCAAGGUUGCCAUUGACCAGCAGAUACGCCGCCUCCGACACCAGCUGAUCGUCAUGAAGGACAUCCGCAAACACCUGAGGGACACACGGCCGGACUCCCUCGGUGAAUACGACGACUACGAGAGCGAAGCGGACAUCACCGAGGACUACAAGGCUCUGCUGGCGGAACUCGAGGGCACCACCAACAUCACCACCACCACCACCACCGACACCGACACCACCAACACCACCACUAGGGACGAACAUGAAGGCUCCGGAACCUCGCCAACCACACCUAAUGUUGAUGUAGAUUUUGACUAUGUGUUCACGCCGACUGGUGGUGACGAGGUGGUGACGGAGGCGGUUAGUGGUGAUGGUGGUGAGGAAGAGGAUGUUAUGACUCACCCUGAGGAGGAGGAAGAAGAGGAAGAGGAGGAGGAGGAUGUUGUUAUUUAUGGAACAGAUUACACCGUUGGGAGCAGCCAGGAGAGAGAAGAGGAAUUGGAACCUAGCAUAGCGGAGGAGAGCGAGGCGGAGACGAGAGCGGAGGGUGAGGGUGUGGGUGGGGCUGUUGGUGGGUGGGGAGGAGCUGCCCGCCACCCCACGCACGGCAGCACGAAAUUCCACGUGUACCCCGCCCGCCCCCCCGCUGGACACCGCCACCCGCCCCUGGCCCUGGAGAAUGAGACGUCCACGCGAUCCCAGUGCUGGUGCAACCCUAAUUACAGGCUGGAGCACAAGCAAGCCGAGCGUGAGAGGAAGCGGCAGGAGAGGCAGAAGCUACGUCAGGAGCGGCAGUGGCUUAAGCAGCGGCGGCGGGAGAUGAAGGAGAAGAAGAUGAGGCGGAAGAUCAAGAACAACCUGGCCCAGUGCAACUAUACCAUGCUGAACUGUUACACGCACGACAACGAGCACUGGCGCACCCCUCCCCUGUGGCAUGACGGAAAGUUCUGCUUCUGCAUGAACGCCGUCAACAACACGUUCUGGUGCCUGCGGACCAUCAACCAGACGCACAACUUCCUCUUCUGCGAGUUCAUCACCGGCCUCGUCACCUACUACGACCUCAACAUAGACCCGUACCAGCUGCGUAACGUGGCUUUCACACUCUCCAACAAGCGCCUGGCUGAGCUGCACCACCGUCUGGAGGGCAUGCGGACCUGUGUUGGGGCGGCACACUGCGACAACCUGCCCCGGAUAGCACAGAGCCCAGUGAGAGUCCCCCAGCUUGACACCCUCCCCCCAGUGCCACAGCCUGAGGUGGAGCUUGGCGACAACAGGGUGGAGGUGCCGCACAGGAAGGGGAAGGAGAGGGAGGAGCGGAGGAGGCUGAGGGAGGAGAGACAGCGCCACAGGGAGGAAAGGAGGCGGCUGAGGAAGGAACAGAAGAAAUGGAAGAGGCACCAGCUGCAGGCGCUGCGUGGGCCCCAGAUGCUGCAGGCCACUGGCUCCAACCGCCGCGUGGUGCGCCUGCGCCGGAAGAGUCGCCUACAGGGGCGGCGGCGGGAGGAGGAGCGCCGCCGGGAGAAGCGGAGAGAACGGAAGCGGAGAAAGAAAAGUAGAAGAGUUAGAAUCUCGUGAAGUGCGGCGCAUAAUUUAUCCUUUUAUUGUAACUUAUUGUCGGCCGGUGGUCGGCAGUAAUGGCUGGUAGGAUAAUUUACACUCCACUGAAAAUACUCUCACAUUGCCAUAAUAGUUGUAUGGGGCGUCGGUAGUUCAGGAAUUAUUGCUUCAUGACAAUUUUGUAACACAACAAUAGUGAUCUCAAAAUCCUUAGCAUUGUUCUGUACAUGAUAUUUAAUAAUGACUGUACAUGCAUCCAUAUAUUCCUCAUAUAUUUAUAUCACUGCUGUUAGGCGAAGACUAAACAAUUACGUAACAUUUAUAGUGUGUUAAGAAUGCAUUCAUGUUGAGAACUAUUUCUACACUGAAACAUGUGAACCGGAGGAGCAGGAUUUGCAUUUAGUCAUGAACACACACACACACACACACACACACACACACACUCACACUCACACACACACUCACACACUCAUACACACACACUCACACACACACACACACACACUCACACACACACACACACACACUCUCACACACACACUCACACUCACACACUCACUCACACACACUCACUCACACACACAUAUAUAUUGGUAAGGAAAACAUUUGAGGCGUUCAUAGGAGGAGCGUAAGGGACAGGAAGAACAAGAAACAAGAUGCAAGGGAAAAGUGACCUUGUAUAUGUUGUACUGAGAGUCACUUUUCCCUUGAAACAUACAUCUUAUUCAUCCUGGGGUGUGUGGUCUGGUCUGCCUUUCCCAGUGCAAGCUAAACACGCACUUCGACUCUUACGCCCUCUCUCCUCUGGACUUCUCAUUCGUGAACUUUCCUUCUUUGCAGUGGGAACAAAACUGCAAAAAAUUGACUGUAGGAUGAGAAACGAGAGAGGAGGAGGUCAGAGAAAGAGGAAAAUGAAAAACAGAUAGGAGGUGGAGCAAUAGGAGGAGAAGGAAAUGGUGAAGAAGGAUGAGGAACAAAAUGAAAAUGUAGACAUGUUCUGUAGGUUAAGAUGACAGAGAAAGAAGAAACAAAAUAAAGAAUAGGAAGGAGCAGGAAGAUGAAGAAGAAAAUGGAAGAGGAAGAGAAGAAAACAAGGAGAAGAAAGAGGAUCAAGAAUACGAGAAGAGGAAGGAAAGGAAACGGAAAGUAGAAAAAGGAAGGAAGAAUACGAGAAAAAAGGAAAGGACUCAACCAUUCAUCCAUCCCGCUGUUAGUGACGUCCAGAGCUGCUGUUCACCGGCCAGGGACAGGAAGGGAUGAACUCUAUUAUCCAUUGAGGCUCUUGCUUUAAUGUGGAAAUCUGGUCAACUUUUCUCUAAGGCAUUGUCAAGGUUUGUGCGCAGCCGAGGCGAAGAGGCCGGCAACGCACAGACGCGCCGCUUUAUUUUAUAUCUAAUGUCUAACUUAAGUCUGUACGGAAGGAUACCAAAAUAAACAUGGAAUUAGACGAAC